AUGUCGAGUGGCGAGGGUUCGCACGGGAAGCCGAAAUUCGGUGGUAGCGCGGGCAGCGACCAAUCUCCGGCAUCGCCGUUUCACGACCGAUUUCAAUUUGAGCCGACCGACACCACCAUUGACAACAGUGUAUUUGAGACGAGCGGCAAUGGGAUGUCGUCGGCCCCAUCGACGGCCUCGCGGAGCGGUUCCAUUUUGAGAAAACAAGGUCUAGAUCGGAAGAAAAACGGCAAUAAGAUAGCUUUUGCAGACGAUGACAAGCCGCUAGAAUUCGAAGAACUGUCACGCGAGACUGACGAUGACGAUGCAGAUAUGCACUCUUUUUCCAAUACGCCCAAAAUUGGUGGUUCCGCUCAGUUUCGGGACGCUGAUAUGGAUGGCAAUGGAAAUUCAGUGGAAGAUGAUGCCGCGCACGAGGUCAAAAGGAUGCGUUGGGGUACUCAACGAAAUAAAAAGGGCAAACCUCGGGUCGGGAGGGCCAAGACCCUGCGAUGGGCUAAGAGAAAUUUCCAUAACCCCUUCGAGGAAGGACAUUUGAAGAACGACUCUGAUGACGAAAAUAACUUACUAGGCGUGAAUCGCGCGUCAGAACUGCGAUCCAUUUAUUACAAUAUGGAGCUUCCAGAAACGAUGCUUGAUGAAGAGGGCAAACCCGCCACCCAUUAUGCGAGGAAUAAAAUCAGAACAACGAAAUACACGCCCUUGUCAUUUCUCCCUAAAAACAUUUUUCUUCAGUUUAACAACGUUGCAAACAUCUACUUUCUGGUUAUGAUCAUUUUAGGAGCUUUCGAUAUUUUCGGUGUGACCAAUCCAGGUCUCUCGGCCGUGCCAUUGAUCGUGAUUGUGAUUUUAACAGCGAUAAAAGAUGCUGUCGAAGAUUCGCGACGCACCAUCUUGGAUAUGGAAGUCAAUAACACUAUUACACAUAUUCUCAGUGGCAUGCACAAUAGCAAUGUUUCAGAAGACAACGUUUCGGCAUGGAGAAAGUUCAAAAAAGCCAAUUCUAGGUUACUGUUUCGGUUUAUUCAUUUCUGCGAAGCUCAUCUAACUGAAAAGGGAAGACGUGCUGCAGCUCAACGUAAGCGUCAUGAGCUUCAUGCAGCUAGGAACAAGACCCCGCGUAAUUCCUUAGAGAGUAUGGGCAGCUAUAGACCUUCGGGUAAUUUUGGACGCGAUUCCCUCGAUUACGAUGAUAUCGGACAAAUAGUAACGUCGGAUGAAGUCACAGUUGUUGACCGCAACAUGGAACCACGUUAUGACUGUAAAUUUGUCAAAGAUUACUGGAAGAACGUCAAAGUGGGCGACAUCGUGAGAAUUCACAACAACGACGAAUUACCCGCGGACAUCGUUCUUUUGUCAACCUCGGACGCCGAUGGUGCCUGUUAUGUCGAGACUAAAAAUUUGGAUGGUGAAACAAAUUUAAAAGUUCGUCAAUCUUUGAGAUGUACGCAUCGUAUAAGAAACUCACGCGACGUUACAAGAACUAAAUUUUGGGUCGAAAGUGAAGGACCUCAUGCAAACUUGUACACAUAUCAAGGUAACCUCAAAUGGAUUGACUCCAGUGAUGGGCAAUUGAAAAACGAACCUGUCAACAUCAAUAAUACAUUACUCCGUGGUUGUUUCUUGAGAAAUACUAAAUGGGCCAUGGGGAUUGUUGUCUUUACAGGUGAUGAUUCGAAAAUUAUGAUUAACACUGGUGUAACACCUUACAAGAAAUCUAGAAUUUCGCGUGAACUUAACUUCUCCGUUAUCAUGAAUUUCGUUCUGCUGUUCGUUUUAUGUUUUGUCUCUGGAUUGGUCAAUGGUAUCUACUAUAGAACCAAAAACAACUCGCGUCAGUUUUUCGAGUUUGGAGCUGUUGCUGGCUCCCCAGCUGCUAACGGUAUCGUAUCGUUUUGGGUUGCCGUCAUUCUUUAUCAAUCUUUGGUUCCAAUCUCGCUUUAUAUCUCCAUUGAAAUCAUCAAAACAGCUCAAGCAGCCUUCAUCUAUGGUGACGUUUUAAUGUAUUACGAAAAGCUAGACUACCCUUGUACCCCGAAGACGUGGAAUAUUUCGGACGACCUAGGCCAAAUUGAAUACAUUUUUUCAGAUAAAACUGGAACUUUAACACAGAAUGUCAUGGAAUUCAAAAAGUGUACUGUUAAUGGAGUCUCUUAUGGUAGAGCUUACACAGAAGCUUUGGCUGGUCUUCGAAAGCGUCAGGGUAUAGACGUGGAAGAGGAAGGGAUACAGGAGCGUAAAGCUAUUUCUGAGGACAGGCAGACCAUGAUUAACGAACUUGGGAAACUCUGUGUGAAUACUCAACUUUAUCCUGAAGAACUGACAUUUGUGUCUAAGGAAUUUGUACAGGAUUUGAAUGGCGUCAACGGAGAAUACCAAAAGCGUUGUAACGAGCACUUCAUGUUAGCGCUUGCGCUGUGCCAUUCGGUUCUUGCUGAAAAAUCAAAAGACGAUCCUGAUAAGCUUGAACUAAAAGCUCAAUCCCCCGAUGAAGCCGCCCUUGUGGCAACCGCCCGAGACUUAGGUUUCGCUUUCGUUGAAAGAACCAAGAGAGGAGUAAUAAUAGAGGUGCAAGGUAUUAGAAAGGAAUUCAAGAUUUUAAACGUCCUGGAGUUCAAUUCGAGCAGGAAGCGGAUGAGUUGUAUUGUUGAGAUUCCUAGUUCAGACCCCGGUGAACGUCCAAAGGCCCUUUUGAUUUGUAAAGGAGCGGAUUCGGUAAUUUAUUCGAGACUUAAGAGGGCUGCCAAGGAGAACGAUGAGACUCUACUCGAGAAGACAGCUUUACAUUUAGAACAAUAUGCUACUGAAGGGUUAAGAACAUUGUGCAUUGCUCAAAGAGAACUUUCUUGGCCCGAAUAUGAGGAGUGGAAUGCUAGGCACGAGAUUGCUGCAGCUUCGUUGACAGAAAGAGAAGAGGAACUGGAGAUCGUGGCUGAUAGCAUAGAGCGUGAGCUUGUUUUGCUGGGUGGAACAGCAAUCGAAGAUCGCUUGCAAGACGGAGUGCCUGACGCUAUUGCUUUGCUAGCGGAUGCCGGUAUUAAGCUGUGGGUCUUGACCGGUGACAAAGUCGAAACAGCCAUCAACAUUGGUUUUUCUUGCAAUCUCCUUAACAAUGAAAUGGAGCUAUUGAUUAUUAAAACUGUUGGUGAAGAUGUUGAGGCUGAAGGAUCUACUCCAUAUGCCGUCGUGGCGUCACUCAUCGAGAAAUAUUUGAGAGAGAAAUUCAAUGCUACUGGCUCUCAGGAGGAACUCGAGAAUGCAAAGACUCAACACGAACCUCCACAAGGUAACUUUGGUCUGAUAAUUGACGGUGACGCACUAAAACUGGCGCUCAGCGAUCCAGAGAUUAGUCGCCGUUUCUUGAUUCUUUGCAAAUUUUGCAAGGCUGUGUUAUGCUGCAGAGUGUCACCUGCUCAGAAGGCUGCUGUCGUAAAACUGGUGAAGGAGUCCUUGGAUGUGAUGACGUUGGCUAUAGGCGAUGGCUCCAAUGACGUUGCCAUGAUUCAAUCAGCUGACGUUGGUGUUGGAAUAGCAGGUGAGGAAGGUAGACAGGCUGUCAUGUCAUCAGAUUAUGCUGUUGGUCAAUUCAGAUUUUUGGCCAGAUUAAUUCUUGUUCAUGGGAGAUGGUCGUAUAAGCGUUUGGCUGAAAUGAUUCCAAGUUUCUUUUACAAGAAUGUUAUUUUCACGCUGGCAUUAUUCUGGUAUGGUGUAUACAGCAAUUAUGAUGGCGCAUAUCUUUUUGAAUACACCUAUUUGAUGUUUUACAAUUUAGCAUUCACGUCUUUGCCGGUCAUUUUUAUGGGAAUCCUGGAUCAAGAUGUAAAUGAUGUUGUUUCAGUUCUUGUACCACAGCUUUAUCGCGUUGGUAUUUUGAGAAGAGAAUGGAAUCAAACGAAAUUCUGGGGGUACAUGCUUGACGGCAUCUACCAGUCUGUGAUCAGCUUCUUCUUCCCUUACUUGGUGUACCAAAAGACAGGCUUGGUUACCCAAAACGGUUUGGGUCUCGAUCAUCGCUAUUGGGUUGGGAUAAUGGUUGCCAGUGUGGCUGCGAUUUCCUGUAACCUUUACGUUCUCAUUCACCAAUACCGCUGGGAUUGGUUUUCGGGCCUGUUCAUCGCGCUCUCAUGCAUUGUUGUAUACGCCUGGACUGGAAUUUGGUCUAGUUCCUUGACAAGCGGUGAGUUCUACAAAAGCGCAGCUCAUGUCUUUGGCACUCCAACCUACUGGGCUGUUCUUUUCGUGGGGAUUUUAUUCUGCUUGCUUCCGAGGUUCACCUACGAUGUUAUUCAGAAAAUCGUGUUCCCACGAGACAUUGACAUCAUACGUGAAUGCUGGAGUCAGGGGCAAUUCGAUGGGUACCCAGAAGGCUACGACCCCACAGACCCUAACAGAGCCAAGAUUGUCAGAUCGCGCGCCGCCCUGCUACAAGACAAAACACUAGAAGAAGGUGGACUUUCAAGAUCUGUUGCCAAUGCAAAUUUGUCUCGCGACACCGUUUACACCGAGGAAAUUCCAAUGAAUUUCAUUCCAAGCUCUGACACCUCUCCUGGUCAUUUUCACCGCAGAUCCGGCCCAUCUCUUGAGCGCACUCGCCAAGAAAUGCUGUCGUCAAACGAACUUGAUAAUAGAUAUUCCGUUGAACGCGCGCGUCUCUCGCUCGACUUGCCUGGUGUUACACGCGCUGAGAGUCUCAUGCGUAGAUAA